UGGUAAUCAGUGGGAAGAAUGUCUCUUACAUUGGCAAUCAGUGGGAAGAAUGCCCCUUACAUUGGUGAUCAGUGGGAAGAAUGCCCCUUAUAUUGGUGAUCAGUGGGAAGAAUGUCCCUUACAUUGGUAAUCAGUGGGAAGAAUGUUCUUUACAUUGGUGGUCAGUGGGGAGAAUGGUCCUUACAUUGGUGCUCAGUGGGAAGAAUGUCCCUUACAUUGGUGGUCAGUGGGAAGAAUGGUCCUUUCAUUGGUGGUCAGUUACAAGAGUUCUCCUUUCAUUGGUGGUCAGUGGGAAGAAUGUCCCUUACAUUGGUUGUCAAUGGGGAGAAUAUCCUUUACAUUGGUGAUCAGUGAGAAAAAUGUCCCUUACAUUGGUAAUCAGUAGGGACUAUAUCCUUUACAUUUGGUGGUCAGUGGGGAGUAUUUCCUUUACAUUUGGUGGUCAGUGGGGACUAUAUCCUUUACAUUGG